UUAAACAAUUUCGUACACGCGGGGAACAAAAUUUUCCCACUUUACUUCACUCACUCUCUCUCGCCCUUCCCCGAAACCUAUCCCCCUCCUCCUCACCCUCUCUCUCUCUCUCUCUCUCUCUUACCCCCGUCCCAACUGAACCGGAACCACAAAACCCUAGAAAACGAAUUCGAAGAGAUUUCUUUGUGGCUCAUCUCGGAGGUGCAGCCUGGCGUUGACUCGUCAGAGGAUGGCGAAGAAGAAGGUGGCUACGGUGAGCCCACUCCGGUGGUUGGAGAUCGUGACGGAGGAGAGAGUGUCCUCCAGAUCCACUUUGUCUCGUGGAGUUCUUGUUUCCUUUCUGUUCAACACCCAACCUCCUCCUCCAUUUCCUAACGGCACCGAACCGUCCUCUUCUUCCUUCUCCGCCUCCGACCAGAACCCGUCUAAGAACGAAGAGGAGAGAGAGGUCGGGUGCGAGGGGUUAGGGCUCAAAGAUGGUGGAUGUUCCAGAGUUCAAGGCCUCCGUUUCAGAGACGAAUUGGAGCAACUCCGAAAGAAGUCUGGGGCCAUUGAUAAAGCACUUCUCUUCCCUUGUCAAGUGGACGAGGGCGGCAUCUGCCAAAACACCCCAAUCAGGGGAAGCCUCCUGACUGGCAAGAUUUUGCGGUUAUUAUUACUCUGCUGGUCAUCAACUCCACCAUUAGUUUCAUCAAGGAAAAUAAUGCGGGUAACGCUGCAGCAGCUCUCAUGGCUCGUCUUGCUCCUAAAGCCAAGAAAUGGUCUAGUACUAUUGCUGAAGGGGGGUCUUUCGCUUCUAAAACAUCCUAUGUAA